GGACGAACGCACGGCGUCUUGUCACGCCGACAUUCUCAGACGAUCUCCGUUUUUGAUUCUCCGAAAGGGCUACACAUGUGGGCAGGUCAGAAGGAGCCUUCACAAGUGAAAGACGACCGGGUAUUUUACGUCAAUUAUGGUCUUUCCACACCUUCGUCCUCGAACUCCGUGUCCAGCCGCUCGAGCUCCCCAGGUCAAUACUCCGAAAGGUCACUACACCUAGAGAGGUCCCCUUGUUCCCUCGUGCCACAAAAGCGGAGAUCUUGCUCACCGCCACGAUCAACGUGCCCCGAGUCGAAGAAGAUAGUAGAACCUCUCGAACGCAUUCAGCUCGGCGGUCAAACGCCCGAACAUUCGUCUUUCAAUCCACUACCAUCGCAUUCACACCGUCCCUAUGACGUAUACCAUGAAACGCCUUCUUUAGCCUCGAGGUCAAUAUUACCGAGCGACGGCCUUCAAAGUGGCGCUGUGAAGACUAGGAGGCCCCAUCUACCCCGCAAAGACAACGGACGAAUUCCAGAUGACCUAGAUGAGGAUUCAGAAUUAGACAGAGAGGAGUGGGAGCAGUAUGCCAAGCCAACUGUUUCUGCCGAUGGGACCUCGAGACGUUGGAUCUGCCAAUGGGAAUCUUUCCAAUCAGGCGUUCUUAGGACCUGUGACUACAAGUCCAAAAAACAGCUUGUGAAGCGGCAUAUCGAGACGACGCAUCUCCAUUAUAAACCAUUCCAAUGCACUGUAUGCAAUAAAGCGUUCCCCCAGAAGACUUCCCUCGACACUCACAUGCAUGGACACACCGGGUCUACUCCCCAUGAGUGUCGCUAUGGCUGCGGCAUGGCGUUCAAAGACCCCGCCCGCCGUCAUCGCCAUAUGGUUGAGGAGCACGGUUAUAUUCCACGGCAGUCGAAGAAGAAACACAAGUCUUCCUAAGACUCCACAUGGACGAGAUCAAGAUCGAGAUGCACCGUCUUCAAUACGAGUUCCGCAGAGACAGCGCGAUCUGGUAAAUGGCGUGCGGUGGCUAGAAGUCCUUCGUCAGCUUUAUCGACAACCGGUCAAUAGACACAUUUCUAAACACUCAUCAAGGCAUUUUUCAAUUUUUCCUGUUUUCUCAAUAUUAGCGGAUAUCACAUUGCAUUGGACGGGUUUUGAAUAUUCAUGGACUUUGUGCUUUUUUCCUUCUCAUCUUACAAACAACGAAUACGUUCUACGACUCUAGCUACAUUG